AAGGAACUUUCUUUUCAGGUGUUAGUGAACUCCUUGCAAUUGAAUAAUGAAUGUAUUUUAACUCUUUUACAGGCAUCCUCUGGUAUUACGAUUCCAAAGCCUCCAAAGCCACCAGAUAAGCCGCUGAUGCCCUACAUGAGGUAUAGCAGAAAGGUCUGGGACCAAGUAAAGGCUUCCAACCCUGACCUAAAGUUGUGGGAAAUUGGCAAGAUUAUUGGUGGCAUGUGGCGAGAUCUCACUGAUGAAGAGAAACAAGAAUAUUUAAACGAAUACGAAGCAGAAAAGAUAGAGUACAAUGAAUCUAUGAAGGCCUAUCAUAAUUCCCCUGCAUACCUUGCAUACAUUAAUGCAAAAAGUCGUGCAGAAGCUGCAUUAGAGGAAGAAAGUCGACAGAGACAGUCUCGCAUGGAGAAAGGAGAGCCUUAUAUGAGCAUUCAGCCUGCUGAAGAUCCAGACGGUAAGGGGGGGGUGGGCUUUCCUAUGUGCAUUCUCUCUGAAUUAAAAUAGAAGAUAAAUCUUAAC